AUGCGUCUUGACUCAUUGGUCUUGGUGGCUGUGUGGACCACCAGCGUCGCUGCGCGCCAUGGCCACAAAGACCGUCAUGAAGGCCACCUUCGUCGCCAGAAUGCUGCCAGUACGGUCACUCUCACCACCACCAAUACAGUCUACGACUGCCCGAUACCAGUGCCAACUUCGACUGAGCUGGAACCAAUCGCAAACGUGAUUCGCGUGGCAGUCCCUCUGUCGACUUUGACUACAUUGACGACAACCUCGAUCGCAAGCGCCGAUCCUAUUCCCACUUCGAGCUCAUCCUCAGCUUCGGCCGUUGCUUGGUCAACCUCUACAGUCGAGGUUGCUUCGACAACUGUGGCUGCUGCUCAUACCGAAUGGACCGCGCUCCCGUCUAACGACAAGUACUGCACUGACGGUUUUGGUGCUCCAAGCAACAGUUAUUCGGGCUCGGGCGAUACGUACGUCGGCAAUGUCGGCAGCCCCUACGGCAGCAAUAUCAUUGAAGUGUCCGGAUCUGAAGCGAAACGCUACAAGCACGUGAUUCAAUUCCAAGGAUCCAAGGCCGACGACUUGGAGGUUGUGAUCUGGAACAAGAUCGGACCCGACGGCAAGAUGGAUGGUUGGUAUGGCAAGGCUUGCCACAACUUCACUCUCCCAGCUGGUGGCAUCAAGUACUACGCGUUCGACUCCAACACCCAGGGUGGCUUUGCAGCGGCCAAGGGCUCCAUUCCCUUGAAUACUUGGGGCAGCUAUGCGGCUACAUGGGGUGAAUUCGAUUUCGAUUCCACCAUCAACUCGGGCUGGUCUGGGUUCGAUGUUUCCAUCAUUCAAGCGCAGAAUGCGGGUCUGGAGAUCCAAGGAAUGAAGAUUUGCAGUGUUCUUGAGGACGGCACUUGCUCUACCAUUUCCAAGAAUGCCAAAGUCGUCGCCAACGCUUACACUGCCGUCCUCGCUGAUGAGGGUGGCAUCGGUGGCAACCUUUUGGCUGGUCCUGUUCGUCUGGCUGUUACCCUGGACUAUUGUGACUAG